GUCAAUAAAACUUUGUGCACCAGCACACACAACCUCCAGCACCCGCCAGCUGGGCCACAAUGGAGAUUAGCAAAGCUGCCUUUCUCUUUCUUUUCUUGCUCAGCUCAGCAAAAGGAGAUACACUGGAUGACUAUUUAAGAACAGAUAGUGUUUGGAUACUUUCUCCAAAUAAACAGUUUUACAAGACAAAUGAUGAAAAAGAAUGUGCAGAGAAAUGUGAAGCCGAAAGAAAGCUUAUUUGCAGGGCCUUCCUAUUCACCAGGAAAAAGCAACAGUGUUUAACUCUGGCUGAAAAUAGCAAAAUGGCAGUGAUGUUCAACAGCACAGAUGCAAUUCUUUAUGAGAAGAUAAUUUACCUUCUACAAUGUAAAAAAGGGAUUGGGAAGGACUACAGAGGAACAGAAGCCAAAACUUGGAGGGGUAUUCCAUGCCAGAAGUGGGCAGAAAAAACACCUCACAACCCAAAUUAUACACCUGAAAAAUACCCCAAUGCAGGGCUGGAGGAAAACUACUGCAGAAAUCCGGAUGAGGAUGCAAAUGGACCCUGGUGUUACACAACAGAUCCUGCCACCAGAUUUGAUUACUGUAACAUCCCAGAGUGUGAGGGCCAGGUCACGCACACUGCAGAAGGCCCUACAGCAGAGUGUAUGCAGUGUAAUGGUGAAGACUACCAUGGAGAAGUUUCCAGGACAGUGUCUGGGCUUGAAUGCCAGCACUGGGAUGCCCAAGAGCCUCAUAUGCAUGGAUUUACACCGAAACAUUUUCCAGAGAAGGAUCUGAAGAUGAAUUAUUGCCGUAAUCCUGAUGGCGAACUUCAGCCCUGGUGUUUCACUACCAGCCCAACUAAACGCUGGGAAUAUUGCAACAUUCCUCAUUGCACUACACACCCACCAGCCUCUGGCCUGGGCUCCCAGUGUCUCUCAGGGAAAGGAGAAGACUAUCGAGGCAGGACAGCCAUCACCGAAUCGGGAAAUGCCUGCCAGCACUGGAGCACUCAGUUUCCCCACAGACACGGCUGGAUUCCUGACAGAUACCCUUGCAAGGGCUUAGAGGAAAACUACUGUAGAAACCCUGAUGGAGAGAAGAGGCCUUGGUGCUACACCAUCAACAGCAGCGUUCGGUGGGAAUAUUGUGCAAUUCCUCACUGUGAUGAGACAGAACAAGGGAAUGCUGAUGUGCCUGUGCAGGUUCCCCUGGCAGAGGAGUGCUACCGAGGCAAAGGCCAGAGUUAUCGUGGCACAACUUCCAUCACUGCAUCAGGAAAGAAAUGCCAGGCUUGGGACUCCAUGUUCCCACACAGACAUGAAAAAACCUCAGACAGAUUCCCAAAUGCGGAUUUGAGGGACAACUAUUGUAGAAACCCAGAUGGUGAUAACAGCCCAUGGUGUUUCACCACUGACCCCAGCACGACAUGGGAAUACUGCAAUAUCAAGAGAUGUGAUGAUCACACACAAGAGCCCACACCAAAUGACUCCCCUGUAAGGAUGGCACAAAAUGUUGGCCUGACUACACCCACCGCAUCUGACUGCAUUAAUGGUAAUGGUAAAGACUAUCGUGGCACAGUAGCAAAAACUGGAAGGGGCAGGACUUGUCAAGAGUGGAGUUCUCAGAAACCUCACAGCCACAAAUAUUUCACUCCUGUGACUCAUCCAAGAGCAGGCCUGGAUAAAAACUAUUGCAGGAAUCCUGAUGGAGAUGUAAAUGGUGUUUGGUGCUUCACAACAGACCCAGAAAAAAAAUGGGAGUACUGUGAAAUCCCACGCUGCUCUUCUUCUGAGCAUGACUGUGGAAGAGUCCCAGUGAGGAGUGAGGAAGCCUGUGAGCAAUAUAGCAUGUGUGAUGCAUCCCCGGGGUCUUGGCCUUGGCACAUCAGCCUCAGGACAAGUAUCAACCUGCACCAUUGUGCUGGCACUCUGAUACAUCCACAGUGGGUCCUUACUGCAGCUCGGUGCUUGCAAGCGUCAACAGAGCCUUCCUCUUACAGGGUGUUUCUUGGGAUACAGAAUCUCAAUGCAGCAGAGCCAUCCCUGCAAAUCCAAAGCGUUCAGAAAGUAUUAAAAGAACCAAGUGGAGCAGAUAUUGCUUUGCUGAAGUUGAACAGUCCUGUAACAAUUACUGACCAUGUUAAACCAGUUUGUUUGCCUGAAACCAGUCUGAUGGUAGAAAGAAAUGCAGUAUGUUUUCUAACUGCCUGGGGAAAAAGAAGAGAUGCUGAUACAGACAACAGACUAAAACAAGUUGAAUUCCCAGUGCUUGAAAAUAGAGUAUGUAAUCGCCCUGAAUUUCUGAAUGGAAGUGUCAAAAGUAAUGAAUUUUGUGGUGGAUUUACCUCUGGAAACAUAGGUAAUUGUGAGGCUGAAGUUGGAGGACCUCUGGUUUGUCAAGAUAAGGGCAGAUUUGUCCAAUAUGGAGUGACCUCUUGGGGACUGGACUGUACUCAGCCAUCAAAGCCUGUUUUUGUCCGAAUUCCUAGUUUUGUUUCUUGGAUCAAAAAUGUAAUAGCUGCCCACUUUGUGCACCAGCACACACAACCUCCAGCACCCGCCAGCUGGGCCACAAUGGAGAUUAGCAAAGCUGCCUUUCUCUUUCUUUUCUUGCUCAGCUCAGUGCAAGGAGACGUACUGGACAACUACGUGAGAACAGAGGGAGCUUGGCUGCUCAAUCCAAGAAAGCAAAUUUAUAAGGCAAAUAGUGAAGAAGAAUGUGCAGAGCGAUGUGAAACUGAAAGCAAAUUUGUUUGCAGGGCCUUCUUAUUCACCAGUAAAGACCAACAGUGUAUAACACUGGCUGAGAACACCAAAACAGCAGUGUUAUUCAGAAGAACAAAUGCAGUUCUUUAUGAAAAAAGAAUUUACCUUCUAGAAUGCAAGAAGGGAAAAGGGGUGGAUUACAGAGGAACAGAAGCUAAAACUCAGAAUGGUGUGCCAUGCCAGAAGUGGUCUGAUAAUGCACCCCAUAAACCAAAUUACACACCUGAAAAAUAUCCUAAUGCAGGACUGGAGGAAAACUACUGCAGAAAUCCUGACAAUGAUGAAAAGGGACCCUGGUGUUACACAACAGAUUCUGCCACCAGAUUUGAUUACUGUAGCAUCCCUGAGUGUGAAGUAGAGUGCAUGCACUGCAGUGGAGAAAACUACCACGGAGUAGUUGCAACUACGGUGUCUGGGCUUGAGUGCCAGCGCUGGGACUCCCAGAAACCUCACUCUCAUGGAUACCUCCCAGAAAAUUUACCAGAGAAGGAUCUGAAGAUGAACUAUUGUCGUAAUCCUGAUGGUGAACCUCGGCCCUGGUGUUUCACUACCAGCCCAACUAAACGCUGGGAAUAUUGCGACAUUCCUCGUUGCACUACACCUCCACCAGCUCCUGCUCCAGGGCGACAGUGUCUAUCAGGAAGAGGAGAAGACUAUCGAGGCACAAUAUCUGUUACUGAAUCAGGAAAUACCUGUCAGCACUGGAGCUCUCAGUCUCCUCACAGACAUGCUCGCACUCCUGAAAACUAUCCCUGCAAGAACCUAGAGGAAAACUACUGUAGAAAUCCUGAUGGUGAGAAGAUGCCCUGGUGUUACACCACCAACAGAACUGCCCGGUGGGAAUAUUGCACCAUCCCCUCUUGUGAUGGGGCAGAGCCAGAGGCCCCUGCUGUUGAUGUGCCUGAGCAGGCUCAAAUUGCUGAGGAGUGCUAUGAAGGCAAUGGUGUGACUUACCGCGGCACAGCCUCUUUCACUCUCUCGGGAAAGAAAUGUCAAGCCUGGAGCUCGAUGUCACCGCACAGACACAAUAAAACGGCAGAACAUUUCCCCAAUGCGGACCUGAAGCAGAAUUAUUGCAGAAACCCAGAUGCUGACAGUCGCCCCUGGUGCUACACCACCGACCCCAGUGUGAGAUGGGAGUAUUGCAACCUGAAGAGGUGUGAUGACCAUGGAUCAGUGACUUUACCAAAACCUCCUCAGACAACACUGGAGCCAAAUUCUGAUUGCGUUUAUGGUAAUGGUAAAGACUAUCGUGGCACAGUAGCAAAAACUGCAAGGGGCAGGACUUGUCAAGAGUGGAGUUCUCAGAAACCUCACAGCCAUGACUAUUUCACUCCUGCGACUCAUCCAGGUGCAGGCCUGGAAAAAAAUUAUUGCAGGAAUCCUGAUGGAGAUGUGAAUGGACCUUGGUGCUACACAACAGACCCAAGAAAAGCCUGGGAGUACUGUGACAUUCCCCAGUGCCCUCCUCCCCAGUAUGAAUGUGGAAAAUCCAAGUUCAGGCCAAAGUUGUGUGCUCAAAGGAUUGUUGCUGGGUGUAUUUCACAUCCACACUCCUGGCCUUGGCAAAUAAGUCUGCGGACAAGUUAUGGCCUGCAUUUCUGUGGGGGAACUCUGAUAGACCCACAGUGGGUUCUUACUGCUGCUCACUGCUUAGAGAAGUCCUCACGGCCAGCUGCAUAUAAAGUAUACCUUGGAUUACACAGAGAAAGAGCAUUAGAGGAAUCAGUACAAAAACGAGAUGUUGAAAGAUUGUUCAAGGAGCCACGCGGGGCAGACAUCGCUCUGCUAAAACUGAGCAGCCCAGCAAUCAUCAAUAAUCAUGUAAUCCCGGUUUGUUUGCCAAAAGAAAAUGCUGUGUUAGGAGGAAGAGAGGAGUGCUAUGUGACAGGCUGGGGGGAUACAAGAGGAACUGGUGGUGAUGGCUACUUGAAGGAAACUGGUUUCCCUGUAAUUGAGAAUAAAAUAUGCAACCGCCCUGAAUUUUUGAAUAAUAGAGUCAAAAAAAAUGAGCUCUGUGCUGGGAAUAUUCAUGGUGGCACAGACACCUGUCAGGGGGACAGUGGAGGACCUCUAGUCUGUCUGGAUCAAGAUAAGUUUGUCCAACAUGGAGUCACCUCUUGGGGCCUUGGCUGUGCCCAACCCAUGAAACCAGGUGUUUACGUUCGAGUUUCCUACUAUAUUUCUUGGAUUAAGAGUGUAAUGGAAAACUACUGAUCCUCGGUAUGGACUGUCCUCUCCUGGAAAGCAGUAUGCACGUUAGACAAGAUUCCAAGUGCAAUAUUAAAGCUACAAUCAUUCAUCAGAAAGUAAAAUAAAUAUGAUAAUCCGUUUAAAAUUUCUAUAAAUUAACAGUUGUUGCCAAGAAACCCAACUGACAGUGUGUUACCCUCUCUAUAUAUGAUCUGUGGUUUGCUCUGUUUGCCAAUAGGCUUACCCAGCUCUGAAAUACAUGACAAAAAUCCCAACCUCAACUGUAACUGUGCAUCUGCAUUUCAAUCUUAUAAGGACCUACAAUAACUUUCUUUUCUAAGGUUGACUUUCUCAAGAUGUGUUUCCAGCAAGUGAAGAAAGGAGAAUAUUUAUCAUUUUCUAUAAGUUGAGCCUUUUACCAAUUUAAUGUUACAAACUGAAGAAGAAUCUCACUGUACAUGUCUUAUAUGCAUGUGAAGUUAUAUUAGAUAUAUCUGAUAGCAUUAAAUAUAUGGGAUGGGGAAAAUAAAAGAAGCGAACGCA